UAGGAAUUAAUUAAGGUAGAAAUGGGUGGAGGAAAUGGUCAGAAGGCAAAAAUGGCACGUGAGAGGAACUUAGAGAAAUCCAAAAGUGCUGCCAGCAAAGGUAGUCAGCUUGAAGCCAACAAGAAAGCUAUGAACAUUCAGUGCAAGGUAUGUAUGCAAACAUUUGUUUGUACAACAUCAGAGGUGAAAUGUCGGGAACAUGCCGAAGCAAAACACCCGAAAGCUCAUGUCUACACUUGUUUCCCUCUUCUUAAUAAUAAUCUUAAUAAAUGAUGAUAAGAAGGUCCUUAAGAUCAAACUUCAGCUAAUGUGACAUAAUUCGAAACAUUUGAUCAAGUUUGAUUAUUACGCUUCACCAUAGAGACGGUUUAUGUAAUUUACUCUUGUAUUAAUCUAGUAUGGAGCUGGAUCGAGUACAAUUAUUGUUGUAACGUGG